AUGCAUCUAGGGUGGCUAAUAUUUUAUCUUGCCUCAGUCGGGUCGGCGUCUGCUGCUGGAAACUGCAGUUACAAGGCACUUCUCGAACAUCUCGGCUUGGGCAAUGAUGACAUUCAGAUGACGUCCCUGCGGCCCGUGUUUAAAUGGAAAACCCCUACUUUUCUUUUUCUAGACCUCUUUGUGACCUCCAUCACAGAAGUGAAUGAAAAAGCCCAGAGCCUCUCAACACAAGUCACAAUUUUGCUUGGUUGGGUCAAUGAGUACACAGUAUGGAACCCAGAUGACUUCUGUGGAAUCACUUUAUGUUCAGUUAAAAAGGACAUGGUUUGGACUCCAGACAUCAGCAUCACUGAAAGCAUCAAGACUGAGUUCGCAACAAUGGAGAAUCAGUAUGUGCAGUUGCAGAAUCAAGGCGCUGUUGUGACGUCUAACACUUUUGCUGUGACCACGGCCUGCAAGAUGAACCUGCACCAGUUUCCCUUCGACGUCCAAAGCUGCACUUUUACCUUUCAGUCUCCGAUCCAUUCAAGCAAGGAGCUCGUAAUCAGCCCGUUCUCUGACGCUUCAUUCCUGACCCUCAGCUCCAAGAAGGCCUUUCAGACUCAAGGAGAGUGGGAACUCCUUAGUAUAAAUACGUCUAAAGCCAAUGUCACUACUCUAGGAGAAACACAGGAUCAGCUGAUAUAUAAGAUCACCGUGAAGAGGAGACCUCUACUGUAUGUCAUUAACUUCCUAAUGCCAGUAUUUUACUUCCUUAUUCUGGAUUUGGCCUCCUUCUUCAUCGAUUCAGCUGGAGGAGAGAAGCUGGGAUUUAAAGUAACUCUGCUUCUGUCUAUUUCUGUGUUACUGCUGCUUCUCCAAGACAUGCUGCCCUCUACUGCCAGUGAUAUUCCUCUGAUUGGUGAGAGUUUUUCUGCUUUAAAUAUAAUUCUUCUCACAGAUGCAGUGAAGGACACUAAGAGCCCUCCAGACUCAGAAACAGACAGGCAUGAAGAGCGGCUGUAUGCUCUUGAUCUUCUGAAGCAGAUCCUCGUGGAGCUUCAGGCUGCUGCUGCUCAUCAAAACCAACAAGAGAGGAAAUGCCUGAGCUGGACCAGAGUGGCAACAAUAGUUGAUGUGAUCUUUAACUUUCUGUAUGUAACCACAGUAAUUGUGUUUCUGAUAAUGCUGUUCAAAGCUUGGUUCCCAUGAGUGAAUGUCCCUUAUAGGCCUGUACAUGAGAUGUACAGAAAGACUUCUUCUGCAUGACUCAUUAGAGAACAGAUCAGCCAGAGUUGGUUUUCCAUUGUAGUUUAUGCACAUUAUACUGAAUGAGGCUGUGAUAUGUAUUUGUGGGGGAAAAUCCAUCUAGAUCAUGAAUUGGAAUUCAUUCCUAAUUAAAAAUGACAUGACACAUUGUAGCAAUACAACAUGUUUUUGUUAACUUUAUCUGUCUACUUUUGAUUACAUUUUAGAUUACUCAUGAGCUGUCUUUUAGCGUCUUUA